AACAGUCCGUCUGUUUCAAUAUCUUGAGUGUUCUCCGUUUGAUUUUGUUUCAAACUAAUACAUUACCCCACUGCUGCAAAGUGGAGCGAGAUGCGUGGGCCAUAUAAAAGUAAGGAGAACUCGGGCAGUGAAUGCAUCCAUACUUUUGAGGGGAAACGGGACAUUGGAAACGGGCUGUUUAGGAGUUACGACUCACCUAUGCCAGGAGAACCUGCCAGCUACUCGGAGGGGCCAAAUUCCCCUACUGGAGGUAUCCUGACAAGUUUGGACGACGGCCAUGAGAAUGGGCCUUCGACACUGGACUAUUCUUUGACAGGUCCAAAACGCUCCAACUAUGACGGUGAGAAAAGGUACCUGGGAGUCAGGGUCAAAAUGCCUGUGAGAGACAUGCUUAAUAACAUUCGCAUAGCGAAAGGAAUGGACCCAAAAAAUAUCCAGGGCAACAGCGGCAAGGCAUUGAAAGGAGAGAAGAAACGGGUAAAUAGAGAUCGCAGAAGUAGCAAGAGAAAACAACCUACAAAGAGCCUGGAGGAACUCGCCAUAAUAGUAGAGGUAUUGGAGGAGGAUCUCAAAGCCAGCAAGCCAUACAGCCAGUCUAACAAGUCUGAGUCACCCGAUUACAGCCCAGAGCCCAACGAGCAACCAUGGAAUAUUCCAGAGCCACUCCAACAUAGCCACUCAAUGAAGUUCAGUCAGGAAAACAAGAUGCCACAACAAGCCACAAACUACUGUAUGUCAGAGCUCAACCUAUCCCGCUCUGCAGACAAACACAACACUAGUGCCCCUCCACUGAACUCCCAAAGAGGGUAUAUCAACGACGAAUCUGACAAUAUGAUGCCCAGUCCAGAUUCAUAUAUGUCUUACUCCCCAAGCAGCACCAGUGAAUGUCAAGUGCCAUCUCCCCAAGAUUCGGUCUUUGCUAGCCCCCUGUCCUCCAGCUAUGAGUUAGGUCAGGAUGGAGGUAGUGACUGCCAGGAUAGCUUUAGCCCCCAGUGUCAGGAUAGCUUUAGCCCCCAGUGCCAGGAUAGCUUUAGCCCCCAGUGUCAGGAUAGCUUUAGCCCCCAGUGCCAGGGUAGCUUUAGCCCCCAGUGCCAGGAUAGCUUUAGCCCCCAGUGCCAUAAUAGCUUUAGCCCCCAGUGCCAGGAUAGCUUUAGCCCCCAGUGCCAUAAUAGCUUUAGCCCCCAGUGCCAGGAUAGCUUUAGCCAACAUUGGCUCAGCUACAUGGGCCAGGAUUGGAACAGCGUAGCAUACUUCUGGACCCAGCUCCAGAGGGAGGAGAGCUUACUGACGGGGGUCUCUGACACAGAGCUUCUGGCCACAGACAAGAACGGAAGGACAGCUCUCCACAGAGUUGUGGGUCAAGGCAAGAGGGCCCUGGGAUAUGUGAUUGCCAAAAGGAUGGCAGCUCUGAACAGACUGGAUGUCAAAGACUCAGAGGGAAAGACUGCACUUCACCUGGCUGCACAGAAGAACCAACACCUGAUGGUGGCUGAUCUGAUUUGCCAUGGUGCCUGUGUGAACGAGAAGGACAGGUGUGGUAAGACAUGCCUGCACCUCAGUGCUGAGAAUGGAUACGUGCCAGUUCUGGAGGUUCUGAAAAAUAUGAUGAAAGAAGGGAUUUAUGUAGAUGUCGAAGCUACAGAUAAUUGUGGACUCAGUGUGUUUCAGUGUGCAGCAGUGGCUCUGAAUGUCAUCGUGCGAGAGCUGGAGAGAACUGUGGCCCCCAGUCAGAUGAGACUCCACACACUGCGCAAGGAGCAGAUGAUGGAAACACUGGAGUGUCUGCUGCAAAUGGGAAGCUACCAUCACACUCUGGAUAAUCACUGUGGGGAGAAUGCAAAUGAAGUGGGAAGCAAAAUGGAGUCCUACAAGUUUAUGCACGGAGUAGACUCCAGACCCAGUAAGGGGAACUACGUGACCUAGAUGGUGUCCAUCCACACAGCUGUUCCUUAUGAAAUGAUGUGUGCAUCUGCCAAGCAAGGCAUGCCAGAGAACUGACAGUAAAUGUUUCUGAGUUGUUACAAGCUUGAACUUGUCUUGGAGAAAGGCCAAUGUGGUUUAGAAAAUCUUUAAUUGUUGUAUACCUAGUUCUUUGUUACGUGGCUUUAAAGUGAGCAGCUUUCUUCAAGGCAAGGUACAAGUCUUAUGUAAAGCAUCCAAAGUUUUAUCUAAGCUAAAACACGAUUGUAAAUUGAGUGUUUUUGUGGCUUGUGAUAAGACUUUGGUUGCACAUUAGCUGGUUUCUGUGAAACUUCCACUGUUUGUUACAUUAAAGUAACAAAAUAUAAAUGCAAGUUAAGCUCAAUGUUAUUUGGUGAAUGUGAUAUUUGUGCUGUAUGUAAUACAGCAAGGGAGUCAAAUUCUUUCAUAGUUAUGUCUUGGAGGGAAAGUGAUAUUGUUCAAAGCAGCCAGUUUGGCCGGAAAGUAGACAACAAGUCGCAAACAUGUUGUUACAUGGGUGAAUACUUUCCUAUCAUACUUCAUUACAGAGGUGUGUGGAGUAUGACUUCCAUUAUACGUGUGUGUGUGUGUGUGUGUGUGCGUCUGUGUGUCUGUGUGUGUCUGUGUGCGUGUGUGUUUCUGUGUGCAUGUAUAUUUUUCUUCUGUAAUGAAUACCAAGGUUAUCAACAAUGUGUAUAGGCCUAUAUGGUGAAUGUAUGUUAAAGGUGCAAUCCAUACGUUUGUCUCAGCUGAUGGAGAGGGUCAUUGCAAGUGCAAAACAAAAAAAAGUAAAUUUUACAUCUUAUCCAGAGCGACUUACAGUUAGUGAGUGC